GGAGGUGGAGGUGCGGUGUUCAGAACCGCACGCGCAUUUGGAGAUACGGCGCUCGUUGCCGGGCAACGCAGCGUCGUCUGAGAAGCCGUCAGCUGAUCGGCGAGACGAGUGACCGCGCAGUGACCUUGAAGGAGCGAGGCAGGCGCGCGUCAGCUGGCGCCGGCCCGGGAGCGCCGCGGUGGUGGCGCUGGCGUGAUCGCGAGAGCGGGAGAGAGCGGGGAAAGGCGUCGAGGUGUGAUGCGAGCGCCUGCCACGAGCUUGCAGCGGGGUCAGAUGAUCUCGUCCCACACGUGUGGCACGGGUGUGCGGCGCUAGAUUGGUGCGCGUUUGCGGCGGCGAACAACUGCGCACUCAGCCGAGGCGCGGAGACGAGAAUCGCGUAGUGAUAGAUAGGCCCGGUUCAGCUGAUACUGAGCCGGCGAGGAGAUCUGACCACUCGUCUCUCAGCGUCUGAGCCUGGCACCGAUCACGUUUCUCCUACGUUCAGCCUCUUUUCUCAUUAUGCGGGCAAUGCGCGGUCUCCACCCCCGCUCAUCCUGGGCGGCGCUGACUCUCGGCCCUGUCCGAACGCUCGCCCCGCGGUCCGCAGCCUCCCACCCGUCGCUUGUGAGCGCCCGCGGCCGCUCCACCGCCUCCGCCGACACCGACAACGCCCCCACCGCCGCCUCCACCGCCUCCAAUGCCGCCGCCGCCGCCGCCGCCCGUCCGUUUUCGGAGAUCCCCGGCCCUCCCAACCUGCCCCUCCUCGGCUGCUUGCACCACAUGCUGCCCGGCGGCCGAUACUUCAACAUUCCGCCGCUGCGGCAGCUGCAGUUGCAGCGGCAGGAGUUCGGCCCCCUCUGGCGACUGCAGCUGCCGCUGAAGCGGCCCAUGGUGUUCCUGACCGCCACGGAGGACGCCAGGGCUGUGUUCCAGGCCGAGGGGCGCUUCCCGUCGCGUGACGACUUCGAGGCGUUCGCGCACUAUCGUCAGUCCAGGGGCUUGGGCGCGGGCAUCGCGCCCUCCAGCGGCCACCAGUGGAAGCAAUACCGCGAACUCGGCCAGCAGGUGCUCGGCGGUCCUCAGUCAGCCAUCAAGUACCUCGCCGACAAUGUCGAGGCCGCCGCCAUGUUCAUCGCGCACCUCCGCGACGUUCGUGGCGCGGACGACACCGUCGCCAACUUUCAGGAACUCGCCAAGCUCUGGUCCUUCGAGAGCAUGAACAUGAUGGCUCUAGGAGCGCCGGUCGGCAUCUACGACAACGACGCCGGGGCGAGGCGACUGUUCGACGCCACGACGGUGCUCUUCGAGUGCUUCACGGAGUUAAGCAACACGCUACCGGUGUGGCGCCUGGUGCGCACGCCGUUGUACAAGCGCAUGGCGCGCGCCACAGACACCGUCUGGGACACGUGCAGCGGCUACGUGCGGCAGGCGCUAGCGGCGCCGGUUGCCGGCUCCAUGGUGGCGCAAGUGGCGCCGCAGGUCGACUCCGAACAGCAGCUCAACAUGGUGGUCGACGUGCUCACCGACCUGCUGCUCUCCUCCAUCGACACGACGUCGACGACGCUGACGUACCUGCUGCACUGCCUGGCGGCGAACCCGACGAGCCAGCGGCGCGCGCGCGAGGAGGUCCUGCGCCUCCUCCCGGAGCGAAGUGAUGCGCUCACUCCGCAAGUGAUCAACCAGAUGCACUACCUCAAGGCGUGCCUCAAGGAAGCGUUGCGGGUGCGCCACGUUGCGGUCGGGACGGGCCGUGUGCUGGACCGGGACGCGGUGCUCUCGGGCUAUCACGUGCCGGCCGGGGUCACGUGCGUCGGUGCUCAGCACGCCAUGUCCCUCGACCCGGAGAACUUCCCAGAGCCGGAGUCGUUCUUGCCGGAGCGGUGGGUGAGGAGCUCUCCGCUCUAUGCCAAGGCGCCGCAGUACGCGUACGUGCCGUUCGGACACGGGCCGCGGAUGUGCAUCGGACGUCGCUUCGCCGAGCUGGAGACCUGGGUCCUGGCUGCCGAGAUCCUGCGGAACUUCGAGGUCGAGAACCUGACGCCCGAGUUCAGCCAGGUGAUGAAGCUGAUCAACGUGCCGGACCGGCCCAUUGACUUCAAGCUGAUCGAUCUGUAGCCAGAGGCGCGCCCAGGGGUAGCAGAUGGGAAGGAGUCCAGCAGCAGAGGCGGUCUCAGGGACGGGGAAGAGGCGGCGAGGUACCGCGCUUUUGGAGUGGAGGCUCACGGAAGAGAAGUGAGACUACUGUGACUUCGCGAUGUCGCUUUGAUGGCUCGGGGACAAUUUGAUGGCAGCAGUGACGUCGGGGUAUGAUGACGUACACGCUCUGGAUCAUCAGCGAGCUGUGUCCGGAUUACCGAAUGCCUUGUUUCCAGCGUGAGGUAGCAAUCCAACUAACAGCGCGCAUGCGCAUAACUCGAUAUAAAGCAUUUCCGCCGCGUGCAUAAUGACCUGCGAUUGCAGUGAUGUCAAAACAUCAAGACCAACAAAUUAUUUCUUGAUAGGUACGCGCAUGUCUAUUUGCAUGUCUGUACAAUUUCUAUGCAUAUGUUUUAAUCAAACGGUCUUAAAAAGGUCGGCUGCAUUAACUAAACCACGGCAGAACAUGGCCAUUCAUUCCAUCGAUUCCAGUAAUCUCUAUGGAAGCGGCAGAAUGCGAAUGUAAAUACAUAUUCUUACUCUGGCUGGUGGGAAUGGCAACGCCAUCGCCCCAUCUCAUCAGACAUCCGAAUAAAGUUAUAGUUGUGCCUGCAUCGUCCACUGUGGUGCCGGCCAAUGUGUGCUCAAUGCGCUGCUGAAAUGUGUGGUGGUCGUGUUUAGGUCCAGUUGGUGUUGCUUCAAAUAGUGUGUGGAUGUUCCCACCUCAGCGCUGGCAUGCUGAUUUUGUGAGCAGGCGUCCUAGCUGUUUCAGUCGGUCCUCGUUAUGCUACGUUUUAUUCGUCCACUCACCUGAUUGAAUAUGAACAACACACUGUCAGCUUG